UACUUCCGGUGGCUGUCUGAAGCUUGCGUGCGAGGGGUCACGUGGGGCUAUGGAGCACGAGGCGCCGGUGGUGGAGGCUAAUGGCGGCUCCAACUCGAUCAGGCUCUCUCCACCUCAUCUUCCCCUAUCCCGGCUGGGUCUGAGGAAGCCUCUGGAGAAAAUGAAAAUGACAACAAAUGAAAGCUGUGAGAAGCAGGUAGCAAGGAGAGUGAUUCAUGGUGAAGGAGUUUCUAACAGGAGACUGGAACCAAAGACUGCAAAAGGGCUCAGGAAGAAGGAUGUCUACAUUGGAAAUCUUCCAUCUGAGAUUGCGGAGGAGCAGAUCCUGCAGCUGUUUGCUGCGUUUGAGCCUGUGAAGGUUCGCAAAAUAGUGUCAGGCCUGAAGUGCUAUGCCUUUGUUGAUGUGGGGGAUGCUGAAAAUGUGGCACUGGCUGUCAAUCACUUGAACAACACCAUCUACAAUGGGCGACGCCUGGUCGUGAGAGAUCUCUGCGAGCCCAGGGGUAGUGAAAGAUUGACGGAAGCAACAGACAUUGAAUUGCCGCCUUUAGAGAAGGUUGAUAAAGACCCCAGUCUAGGUAACAAAACCUUGUGCAUCUCUCGGCCAGUUAGGGAUGGAGGUCAGAUCAGCUAUGCGAUCCCUUUGGAGAUGAGGAGUUUGACGUUGGUGCAGAUGCUGACCAGCUGUUUCAAGGACAUUGGCUGGAUGGCAGAGAGCACCAAGGUGCAUGGAGAUGUUGGGCUUAUGGUCAUGGACACAUUCCCCCACAUGCCUUACUUCUGGGCCAUGAACCUGACUCCGGAGACCUACGUGAAGAUGUGCCAGUUGUUCAGCACGCUCUCUGUGGUUACCCAGGAGCAGCCAUUCCUCAAGGAAGAAGAGGUACAGAGGGGCCGGCGCUGCAUGGCGGAAUUCCCAGGAGAGGCUGGGGAAUGGAAUAGGUGUUGGAUCGUGGAUGUGGUGGAGAGUCGGGUCAUCCUGUUUUACGUGGAUUCUGGGAGUACAGCCUGUGUCCCAGCAUCAUCUGUGAAAUCUUUGGAUAAAGAUGAGUUCUGGACCAUCUCACCUCUCGUUCAGCCCUUUGUCCUACAGCAAGGAGUGAUGGGCAAUCGCAAGAUGGAUGGUGUCAUUCUGAAGGGAAGGAUUGUCGGAUUCCAUGAGGCAGAGCCUCACAUCCUGAGAUUCUCCAUCACAGCCGAGGACUGAAGGCAGCCCAGUCAUACAGGAAAAAACCUGAACGCUGGCGAAUACAAAAAUAAAGUUUAAUUUUCACGACCAAAUUAUUUGCUAAUCAGCACCAAUCUUUAGGGCUCCAAGCUGUAGAGGGACAGGAAAGGGGUAUAAUUACCACAUCACUGAAUCAAAAAAAAUAAAUGUUUCACUAGA